AUGAGUACCAAAACAACUAGUGGAGGAGAAAUAGAUCCUGUACAAGAGGAAUUAGUUGGUCGAAUUCGCGAAGUCGGGAACCAAGCAAUUUGGAGUCUUAUAAGUGUCAGAGCUGGGACUAACUUCAAUGACUUACAAGAAGUUGAAAUAAUGGACUUGAAUGAACCUAGCGGAUGGGUUGUUAUACCAAUUAAAGAUAUUAAUGAUCGUCCAAUCCGAACUUUUAUGAUUCAAAUCGCAGUUAUCAGUAAUCAUCAAAACGGAAGAGAUACUCAUAUGAGACAAAUUAAAAUUCAUAGUCCAGCUCAAGAUAUACUGAGAACUUCUUUGUAUUUUCCUGAAAAAUUUGUUACCAAUGAGUUUAAAUACUUUUCAGUAAUUAGAUGA